CUCCCUUCUCCCUCAUGGGUUACCCUUCAGUUUCCUACGGUUUUGUGCUGCCAAAGCCUGUGGUGGUAGUAAUACUGCUCAUCGACUACAUUGAGUUCAUCUUCUCCUUGGUCCUCUAUAAUCUUGGCCUCUAUCCAUCAUCCGAAGCGCCGCUCUCUCCUUGGGAGGAUUACGCAUUCUAUUUCCAGGCAGCCGAGCUCUCGUCAUCCGCUACAUCGGUCUCCGUCACCACUCCUUCAUUGAUAAAGAGCAGGCUUCGGGUGGUGGAGUUCUCAAGCUUGUCGAAGAGAAGCUCGGAGGCGUGCCAAGGAGAGGAGACAGCAUGCGCAGUUUGCUUGGGGGAGUUGGAGGCGAGGCAGAAGGUUAGGGAGCUCGGCAACUGCAGCCAUGGCUUCCAUGUGGAGUGUAUAGAUAAGUGGGUGGAUGCGGGUCAGGUGACUUGCCCCUUGUGCAGGUCCAAGCUGCUGCCCCCAGAAGGGAAGAAAGAGAAAAGGGCAUGGUUCCUACGGUUUUGGUGAAGCGUGAUGGUUGGCACCAAAAACAAGCGUUUGUUCUGUCACUAUUCUGACUCAUUCUUCACUCCAUUCUUUGAAGGGUUCAGGCUCGGCAUUAGGUAGCCAAUCCCCUAGCUAAUUAGGAUGGAGUAGGGAAUUAGGGUUGAGAUCCUUGGGGUGGAUUAGGUUUGUAGUAAUAUAUGAUGAUUACCAUAUAGAAAUAUUUUUUGUAACAUAAACUUGUGAAAAAAUAGUGUAGUACAUUCUUUAAUUGUUCGGGGCCUGCUAGGCCCCUUUGAUGUAUCCUUCUUCAUUCUCUUAAUGGCAUAUAUAUGGAGUUUUUCCAGCAUUUUA